GAACCGUGGUGGACUGCGGCGUGUUCUCUCCCGCUGGUGCCUUCGUCGAGAUAUUUGAGGAGGAGGGCGUGGCCGUCACGAGCGAGGAAGCGCGGGCACCCAUGGGCAUGCACAAGAGGGCUCACAUCUGCAAAAUGCUCGACAUGGAAGGCGUGAGAGCUCGGUGGUUGAAAGCCAAAGCCGGCGCCGCGCCCACCGAUUCGGACAUCGACCGCAUGUACGCCAAAUUCGUGCCGAAGAACAUCGCGGCGCUCGAAAAGUUCUCGAAUGUGAUAGACGGCACGCUGGAAUGCAUGGCGGCACUGCGGAGCGAAGGGAUCAAGAUCGGAUCAUGCACUGGUUACCCGGCCCCUAUCGUUGACAAAUUAAAACCCAUCGCUGCUGCCCAAGGAUACGUGCCCGAUGUUUAUGUCACUGCUGACGAAGUGCCCCAGGCCAGACCGAUGCCCUAUAUGGUCUGGCUCAACGCAUCCGCCUCGACGUGAACCCCAUCGAAGCCGUGGUCAAGGUGGACGACACGGUAGACGGCAUCAAGGAAGGGUUGACUGCCGGCUGCUGGACCAUCGGGGUUGCCAAGACGGGUAACUACGUGGCGGCUUCUCAGGAGGAACUGGUCAGGAUGCCUCGCCAAGACCUCGAAAGGAAGUUGAGGAAGGCCUACGAGAUCCUACAGGACGCUGGCUCUCACUACGUGGUGGAUUCGGUGAAGGAUGUCCCUGCUGUGGUGAAGGAUAUCAACCGGAGGAUGGCUAUGGGGGAAAGGCCAUGAGGAGGAGGAGGA